AUUAUUUUUAAGAUUAUUUAUUAAGCAAAAAUACAAUAUUACACUAAGAUGUCGAUAGAAUUAGCAGUAUCUUAUGCAACAUUGAUUUUAGCUGAUGAUGGAGUUGAAAUAACAUCGGAUAAACUACAAACACUUGUAAGAUCAGCAGGAAUUAAAGUCGAAAAUAUUUGGACAUCUUUAUUCGCAAAAGCACUCGAAGGAAAGAACAUCAAAGAACUUCUUCUUAAUAUUAACACCGGAGAACCAACGUCGACAACAGGCGUACCUCCUCCUCAGACAAAUGAGACAGUAACUAAUGAAGCACCCAAAGAAGAAGAAAAAGAAGAAUCAGACGAAGAUAUGGGUUUUGGUCUUUUUGAUUAAUUUGAAGAACUUUCAUUUUUUCUUCUACGAUAUGAGAUAAAUUGU